CCUAUGUUGGCAUAUAACAGCAUAUAAGUACCGCGUCGAUUCGACGUGACGUUUAACUUUUGGACGGCAGAGUUCGGUCUGAACAAUUUUUCAAAGUGAUAUAUUCGGUGAACGUGUGAAUAAACAACGCAAAAUGUCGUCAGGCGUCAUAGAUAUCCUUGUGGAUAUGGGUUUCAGCAUGUCUAAAGCUGAAAAGGCCUUGGAAAUCACCGGCAAUAAAGGUGUGGAGCCGGCGAUGGAAUGGUUGCUGGCCCAUUCGGAUGAAGCUGAACCAGCACCUGAACCUUCUGUAGGCGAGAGUGCCCCAUCGCUGGCUGCUGACACACCAGCACAGGAUACUGUUGCUGGUGCUAGCAGUCAGCCAGUGUCCACUACUGAAACGGCCAAAUCUAUGAAAUGUGAUGUUUGCGGAAAGCUUUUUAAGUCUAAUUUAGAAGUUGAGUUCCAUGCCACAAAGUCUGGGCAUGAUAGAUUCUCUGAAAGCACAGAGGAAAAGAAACCACUUACCGAAGAAGAGAAGAGGGAGCAAUUAAAAAUGUUGGAAGAAAAAUUGAGACAAAAGAGAAAGGAAAGAGAAGAACAGGAGAAGAUAAAUGCAUUUGAAAGAGAAAGAAAUAGGAUACGAUCGGGAAAAGAAAUGUCUGAAGCUAGAAAAAAAUUGGAAGAGUUAGAAAUGAAAAAACUCUUGGAGCAAAGAAAACGUGAAAAGGCAGAGGAGAAAGAAGCGAUACAAAGAGUCAAAGCACAAAUCGAAGCUGACAAAGCAGCAAGACGAGCCAAAGCUGCCGCCGAAAGUAGCCAAUCAAUUAAUUUAUCACCUGUAGCAGCAUCUUCAUCGACAUCCACAUCCACACAUCAUAGGAAGGAUUACACCGAAACCAAGCUUCAACUUAGGCUUACUAACGGACAAACCUUGACACAAAGUUUUGGAAGCAAGGAACAGUUGUCUGCAGUGAGAUUGUUUAUUGAAAUGAAUAGGACAGAUGGUAAUGGUCCUUUUCAGCUCAUGACUACUUUUCCCAAGAAAGUGUUCACAGAUGAAGAUUAUGAUACGCCAUUAGAUGUAUUAGGUUUGGUGCCCUCAGCAGUCGUAAUCGUCCAAAAAAAGGUGGAAUAAUGUGGCCAGUGAUGUCUUAAUUUGUAAGCAAAAAUACUAAUGUAUAUUAUCAUACAGAUUAAUUAUGAUAUAUUAAUUUUAAUAUAAUAUUUUCUUGAUUAUGAACACAUGGGGUAAACUCUUUGUCUGUAAUACACAAAACUUUUUUCUGAUUUCUGAAAUCGAUCUCUUUGUAAUUUGUUUUGUAUGAAAAUCGUUAUAAUUAAAAAUUUAAAUGAUAACAGAGA